CGUGGUAUAUUGGCACGGUGUUUUAAACAAAUACGAUAACAAACAGCAGCGCCACGCCUGUCACAUUUCACGCGUGCAUGCUCAGUCGGAGCGUGGUGGGUGGGUGGAGAGGAUUUUUUUUUUGUGUUUAUUUUCGUGGCCAGCUAACCAGCAAACGUGCUGCUGUUAGCUUCAAUCAACCUUUUUUAAAAUAGUUUUAGCGUAAACAAGGCCAACAGAUAAAGCACUUGUGAUUUUGUAACAUUGUUGAGGAUCACAGGAAGGUUCGCGAGCUAACGUGAAGUUGAUGAUUUUUUUUAGCAUUAGCUGUUAGCAUAUGUGCUAACGCCAGAUAGCAUAUGAACAUAUAGGAAGCUAAAGCCACACACUUACCAUCUUUCAUCACUGGGACUGGCGUUACUGUGCGGAGAAAUCACGGUUGCCAAGCUUGGACAGCAUAAGAUAAACAGUUCUUUGACGCUGACACUUCUUGCUGGUAAAGGCAUAGAGGAAACGUCUGGAAAGCCUCCCCAAGGUUGAAACCUAAGGAGCAAGAUGUCAAUCACGAACACUCCCACAAGUAACGAUGCCUGCCUGAGCAUUGUGCAUAGCCUGAUGUGCCAUCGGCAGGGAGGAGAGAGCGAGAGCUUCGCCAAGCGGGCUAUCGAGAGUCUUGUCAAGAAGCUGAAGGAGAAGAAAGAUGAGCUGGAUUCUCUUAUCACAGCCAUCACUACAAACGGAGCUCAUCCUAGCAAGUGUGUAACCAUACAGCGGACUUUGGAUGGACGCCUACAGGUUGCGGGACGUAAAGGUUUUCCUCACGUCGUCUAUGCCCGACUGUGGCGAUGGCCUGAUCUACACAAGAAUGAAUUAAAGCACGUGAAAUAUUGCCAGUAUGCAUUUGACCUGAAAUGUGACAAUGUUUGUGUCAACCCGUACCACUAUGAGAGGGUUGUCUCUCCGGGCAUCGACUUAUCAGGACUGACGCUUUCUGGUUCAGCUCCACUUUUGGUAAAGGACGAGUACGACUAUGACAACCCGCAAUCUCACUCAAGCACCGAAAGCCACCUGCAGACUAUACAACAUCCCCCCUCGAGGCCUGGUCCACAGGAGAGCUUCAGCAGCCCCACUCUGCUCCCCCCGUCGGAAAGCAGCAGUUCAGCUUCAACCUCUGCUUUCUCUACCAUCAGUGCUGGACCCUCAAAUCCGAACUCUAAUUGGAGCAGAAACAGCAGCUUCACCCCUGCAGUGCCUCAACAUCAGAAUGGGCAUCUACAGCAUCAUCCACCCAUGCCCCACGCAGGCCAUUACUGGCCUGUUACCAAUGAAAUUGCGUUCCAGCCCCCCAUAUCCAAUCACCCUGCUCCAGAAUACUGGUGCUCCAUUGCAUACUUUGAGAUGGAUGUCCAGGUUGGGGAGACGUUUAAGGUCCCAUCCACAUGCCCGAUAGUGACCGUGGACGGCUAUGUGGAUCCGUCGGGAGGGGAUCGCUUCUGCUUGGGCCAGCUGAGCAACGUCCACAGGACAGAAAACAUAGAGAGAGCCAGGCUCCACAUUGGCAAAGGCGUGCAGCUGGAGUGCAAAGGUGAAGGAGACGUCUGGGUGCGCUGUUUGAGCGAUCAUGCAGUGUUUGUGCAGAGCUAUUACCUGGAUCGGGAGGCCGGACGUGCACCUGGAGAUGCAGUUCACAAGAUCUACCCCAGCGCUUACAUCAAGGUGUUUGACUUGCGUCAGUGCCACAGGCAGAUGCAGCAGCAGGCGGCGACAGCUCAGGCAGCAGCUGCAGCCCAGGCAGCAGCAGUGGCCGGGAACAUUCCCGGGCCUGGAUCUGUGGGUGGCAUCGCCCCUGCCAUCAGUUUGUCUGCCGCCGCAGGCAUCGGUGUCGACGACCUGCGCAGGCUGUGCAUCCUGCGGAUGAGCUUCGUGAAGGGCUGGGGGCCCGACUACCCGCGGCAAAGCAUCAAAGAGACGCCCUGCUGGAUUGAGAUCCAUCUACACCGAGCUCUACAGCUACUGGAUGAAGUCCUGCACACCAUGCCCAUAGCUGACCCUCAACCUCUUGACUAGACAUAAACUGUACACAUUAAAACUGUACUUUUAACAGACCACUUCACCUAUAGGCCUGGAGUGCCGCUGAAAGAGGAGGACUGCGACGACAGGGAUGCUGAGUAGGUUGCAGGAACGAGGACACGUACUCCCAAACGCACUGCUUUCAUAUCCAGCACUGUGAGCAGUUGGCAGUAUACCGAGCGAGCCUCCAAGUCAGUAAGUUCACUGACUUCCAAACAGCUGGAGGAACAUGUGAGUCACACUGGGAGGAGUCGUAGUACUUAACAUGCCGCCAAGAGGCUGUGUGUGAGAAGGAAGAAAGUAUUCUGCUAUUGUGUCUCUCAAACCUCAAGUACUUCAAAGAUACUCCACGUGGUGAUUAAAUUGUACAAAAAUCAAUUAUUUAAUUAGCCUUAGUGCUAGACAAAACAAACGCAUCGCCACAUGAGUGAAGGGUGUGAGACAAGGAAUGAUUCAUAUUGAGCUGUUGCCUUUUUUUCAGUGUGAACAUUUUGAUAUUUAAGAUUUUAAGAUGUAUACAGCCACCAUAACUGAUUGAUCAUGUUUUGGACUAAUUAGUAAGUUAAUUUAGUUAUUUAACCUGUCUAAAAACACAAUGUGAUUUCAGCUGGAGUAUACUGCCAGUCCAGUCCUCCUUCAUUGGCUUUCCAGUGCUUAUAUGGCUUCAUGUAAGUGGACCCCGACUCUCACUCUGCCCUCACAGAUCACAACAUUUAUGUAAAAUCAUGUUAUUCAUUACAUUACUCAUGUUUUUUGUAAGAUGUAGUCUUAAACAUGUUUAAAUGCUGACAGUCCUUGGUUAACAUUUUUUUUUAUUUCUACUCCCUUUUUUUUGAAGUUGUUUUUAAAUGACCGAACAUUUGAUAAGCCCAUUUUAAACCGACCUCAGCCUCCCGCUCUCUCUCUGAAAACCAGAGAAUUUUUUCAUUAUUUCACCACCUCAUUGACAUUAUCAAAUAUUUUCAAAAGGUUAUUAUAACACAUCUGCAUAACCUUAUUUGUAAUUGUAAUUCUUUUGAUUAGAUACCCACAGUGUCCAUUAGCACUUUAUUAAUUUCCAAAAGUGUUUCGUCUCGUUUCAUAGUCUCAUGUGUGUUUUACUCGUUGUAUUCAUAGGGUCUCUUAGCAUAGUUGAAUUUUUUAUUUUUUAUUGGUGAGAUCCAUGAAAAAUGAAAACUUUAAAGUGUUUGCCCAAAAUCAAUGUUUUCAGUGUCGAGCGCAGCAGGUUUGACUCUCUUCUGGCAAAAACAUAUUGAUUGAUGGUUCAUGAAAACUUUGAUUCUGAAAAGAUACAUUUUGGGUUGGCAUCACUUUACGACUCAUUUUAAUUGAAGUAUUACUUGGAUGACACUUAACAUAUUCUAGACCGCAGCUGAGUAAAGGAAGCAAGGAAUGAACUGUGAGAGGAAGUCUAAGCCAUACUGAUGCCAAAUAUACCCUAUGAAAAGUGAAGAAAGGUUGUCAGUCUGCAGUCAUUUCAGUGUUAUGUCGCUUGUAAAAGCCCAAUUAUCAACUGAAUGAUUUUAGUUUUUGCUCAGCACUAUCAAUCAAACAAUAUUUUGGUAUUUUGAGCUCUGUUUACCUACAGCUGUUGCAGUAUUUUGUACUCUUUUGCUACCUUUACAGUGAUGUACCACUCUGGUCAUAAUUGAAAAUGCUAAAAAAAA